AUGGAUAUAUUAAUUGAUUUUGUUUCCCAGUUUAUCCAAAAUAGGCACGAGGAUGAUCACUUUGACAGAUUAAAUUAUCAAAUUACCCCGUUCCUUUUCGUCUUGCUUUCUCUUGUUAAUAUAUCUAAGCUCUAUAUUGGCUCAGCCAUUAAUUGUUUUGCCAAAGCAGAAUUUAAGGAAGGCUGGGUACAAUAUACUAAUGAUUAUUGUUUAGUUGAAAAUACUUAUUAUAUUAGCGAUGAAAGAAUUCCGUUACAGAAAGAAUUGAGAAAUCGAGAAAGAAUUGCUUAUUACCAGGCAAGUUUGGGUUCCAUUUAUUUUAAUCCUUCAAGCAUGUUCUUUCUACAUCCCCCAUCUUAUUUGGAGAUCUUUUAAUUGGCUAAGUGGUUUUCAAGUUAAAGCUGUUGUUUCUGCUUCUAAAGGUGGUUCUAAUUCGAAUUUAU